AUGAAGCCUGUCGUAAUCUACAUUUCUUCACUCGAGAAUACCAUGUCGUAUCUGCCGUCCUUCCUAUUCCCCGCCUUGGCCCCUUCCCCUCCUCUGUCGACUAUUGAGAAAGUCCUAUCCGAUGAUUACCUUCUCUCGCUCGUGCUGCGCUCGCUAACGUGCGACUCCUUUCAUUACGCGCUUGUCUCCAAACGAUGGUACGCCGCAGCGCGGUUCUCGCUCGCGCACCUCGUUAUCAAAUCCAAGAUCCGAUUUCCCGUUCUCCUAGACACGAUUCGCACGUUUUCCUCGCUCACGCGCCUAGAGCUUCAAGAAUGUCGCGUUCAGGAUCCGAACGGCGAUGCUCUCUUCCAAUGCCUGGGCGCCGCGUGUCCGCAUUUGACACAUCUGACCAUACACUACCAGUUUCGCAUGCACGUCACUUGCAACGGCCUCUCGUCUCUCUUCCAUGGCUGUCGCAAGCUCCGCGACCUCCGCCUGCUCACCCUCCACUCCCUCCCGCACCUCCCAUCCGCCGUCACUCUCCUCUCCGACCUGAGAACCCUCCAUCUCUGCCGAUGCUACGAGUAUUACGGCGUGGAUCGAUUCGAGCAUCUAAUUUCGCCGCCUGAAAGCAUCGGCGCGCUUCAGCAGCUACAGGAAUUCCGCGUUGUAACAGGAUCGCAGUUCCGAGGUCUCCCGGAUGCAAUCAGCAACCUCACGAACCUCCGAAGCUUGACCUUUUCCAACCGCUCCUUCUCUCACCUACCCACCUCCAUUGCUGACUUACCGCAUUUACAAACCCUAGAAAUCGAGAUGGAUAAGUUAAAGGUGAUUCCGGAUUCCUUCCAGCACCUCACCGGCCUUCGUUCCUUCUCGCUACAGUCCAAGCGCGUGAAGCGCGUGCCUGAGCAUGUGGUGGGGGCGAUGGUGCGAUUGAAGUCGCUCUGUCUCUGCUGCAAGUCCAUCCACAGCCUGCCAGACUCCAUCUGCUCCCUCCCCCUCUCCUCCCUCUCCAUCCUCUCAUCCCCUGUAAUCACCUCCCUUCCUGAAAACCUCGGAGCCCUCGUACAGCUUGAAACCCUAAAGCUUUCCAAUCUGCCCAACCUUCUGUAUCUGCCCGAGAGUGUGGGAGAUCUACAGCAAUUGAAAUCGUUGGAAAUCAGCGAGCUGGGUCUGCUGCAGCUGCCCGAAAAGCUGUGCACGGGGAGUGUGAGACACAGCCUGGAGGGGCUUUACCUGUGCGAGUGCAGAGACCUGAAGCAGCUGCCUCCCCAGCUGGCCAUGCUGACGCGCCUGGAGGAGCUUGACAUCACCUCCUGCCCUCGCCUCGAGUCCCUAGACCCAUUGCUUGCUCCGUAUCCCCCAUUGGGUGUGACCUGCUCCCUUGCUUCUGCUCUUUCUAUUGCUGCUGCCCCUGCGCCUCGCCAUCCUCUUGACCCUGCUCCUGCUACUGCCACUGUCGCUCCUACAGCCAGUGCUUGCAGUAAGGGCAACACAUCCAGCGACCCACAGUUGCAGGCACAGGCACAGGCACAGGCACAGGCACAGGCACAGGCACAGGCACAGGCACAGGCACAGGCACAGGCACAGGCACAGCACAGCAAAGAACAGCCCAGCGCACAGCAGCCAUGGGGCCUGGCGCCUCUCACCAGCCUGUCGCUGUGUAGAUGCUCGCGAAUCCCCUCUCUCCCUGAUUCCUUCUCCACGCUCUCUGCCCUCUCUUCCCUCACCCUCACCCACAUGCACGGCCUCUCCAACCUGCCAGAAUCCCUCGGACAGCUGGAAAACCUCAGGUCCCUGAAGCUUCAAUACUUGGAGAAGUUAUCUGCUCUGCCCGACUCACUCGGGCAGCUGAAAAACCUUGAAACGCUGGAGCUAUGCUAUUUGCCAGAGCUGAACUCUCUGCCCGGGUCACUCCGUUGGCUGCCAAAGCUGAAAGAGCCAUUGUUCAUUGAUGUGGUUGACGACUUCGAUCAGCCGAACGACGUCUAUCUCUCGCGCGCGCCGGAGGAUGUCAUCAUUUCGCGGAAUGGAGCGGUGCUGGGAAAGAAGACCAUCUUAAAGAGCGACCACUUCCCUGGCUGUCAGAACAAACGCCUUUUGCCUCACAUCGACGGAGCUCCGAAUUUCCGGCAGAUUGCGGACCUUCCGGUGUACGGCGUGGCCAUUCCGACGGUAGAGGGCAUUCGCAACGUUCUGCAGAUAGUGGGAGCUUCGCGCAAUGGCGGACGGCACGUCCUCUGGCACAGCAUGCGCGAAGAGCCGGUCAUCUACAUCAAUGGGCGCCCCUUCGUGCUGCGCGAGGUUGAGCGGCCGUUUACGAACCUCGAGUACACUGGCAUCAACCGGGCGAGAGUGGAGCAGAUGGAGGCUCGGUUGAAGAAGGAUGUGCUCAGGGAGGCGGGCAGGUACUCCAACAAGAUCAUGGUGAGCGAUGAGCUGCCUGACGGCCAGAUGGUGGACCAGUGGGAGCCCGUCGGCCCUGACUCCGUGCAGACGCCUCUCGAGGUGUACCAGGACCUGCAGAGGCAGGGGUACAAUGUGGACUAUGAGCGCGUGCCAGUCACCGAUGAGAAGGUGCCUGAGGAGGUCGACUUCGACCUACUGGUGGAGAGUCUGAGCAGUGUGGACGAGGGGACGGCGCAGAUAUUCAACUGCCAGAUGGGGCGCGGCCGCACCACCACCGGCACCGUCGUCGCCACCCUCAUCUGCCUCGCUCGCCGCUUCCCCUCCCGCAUCCUGUCGCCAUCAGCGGGUGCCACCAUGCUGGCCAAGGCGGCGUCCACAGCGGGCCACGAGCCAGGCGGGGCCGCCAAGCUCGUGCUCGCCACCGCCACCCCCGGCAAGGCGCACGGCGGAGCAGAGGGGGCAGCGGGAGCAGCGGAGGCAGCAGAAGUGCAGGCGGAGGUGCAGGCGGAGGUGGAGCGCGUGCUGCUGGCGGGGCAGUACGCCGUGAUUCGCUCGCUCACGCGCGUGCUGGAGGCGGGCAGUGAGAGCAAGCGACUCACCGACCUCGCCAUCGACCACUGCGCCUCCAUGCAGAACCUCCGGGAGGCCAUACUGGGGUAUCGCAACCGCAUUCACCGGCACUCGGACGAGAAGCGGCGGCAGGCGGCGCUCAACCUGUUUGUGGCGUACCUGGAGCGCUACUACAUGCUCGCGGAUGACCCCUCCUGCGCGCAUGGGAGGGCGCAGGAGCCCCCCACGCCAGGCAGGGAGCGCUUCUCGCUGCUGGACGGGCUGGCAGCCACGCAGGCGCUGAGGGACGCCAAGGGCGGCUUCCAGCGCUGGAUGAAGGCGCGCCCCGAGCUCUACAGCAUCCUCCGCAGGCUAUUACGGAGAGACCCCAUGGGAGCGCUGGGGUACGCGCACCCAAAGCAGGCCAGCAUGCCGCGGGCCCUCUCCUUCUCCCUACCCCAUGCAGUCUCCUCCUCACCCACACAGGAUGCUGCCACUGCCGUCGCUGCUCUCCACUCACCUGCUCCCAUUGGUGCGGCUUCACUGCCGGCAGUGGCAGCAGCGGGGCAGGCAGCAGCGGGGCAGGGAGAGGGAAUGGAGGUGGAGGGGAGGGAGGUGGAGGCGGGGGACGUGGCGGGGGAGGCGUUCCGCAUGGCGGAGAUGGCUGCUGCCAUCGUGGAGGCCCGCUCAGGGGCCAUGCUCAGCAAGCAGACGGUGCUCAAGUCGGACCACUGUCCCGGCUGUCAGAACCUCUCGCUGCCGGAGCUGCUGGAGGGCGCGCCCAACUUCCGCCAGGUGCACGGCUUCCCCGUCUUCGGCGUCGCCAACCCCACCGUCGACGGCAUCCGUGCCGUGCUGCGCCGCGUGGCCCAGGCGGCAGGCGGGGGGAGUGGGGGUGGGGAGGGCGUGGAGCGGCGGGUGGUGUGGCACAACAUGCGGGAGGAGGCGACGGUGUAUAUCAAUGGCAAGCCGUUCGUGCUGCGCGAGGCAGAGAGGCCGUUCAAGAACAUGCUGGAGUACACGGGUAUAGACCGGCAGCGGGUGGAGCGCAUGGAGGCUCGGCUGAAGGGUGACGUGGAGAGGGAGGCGCAGCGCAGCGGCGGCAUGGUGGUGGUGGACCAUGAGAGCGACGCCGGGGAGCUCUUCCAUGCCCUCGAACCCGUGCCUGCUGCCGCCCAUGGCGCUCACGGUGCCUGCGUGCAGACACCUCUGGAGGUCUUCCGCAUGCUGCAGCGGGAGGGUUUCAGGGUGGACUACCACCGGCUGCCCACUACGGAUGGGGAGCCCCCCAAGAGUCGUGACUUUGACGCGCUCGCCACCACCAUCAGCAGCGCCGGGCCCCACGCUGCCUUCGUCUUCAACUGCCAGAUGGGUAGGGGUCGCACCACCACGGGCACCGUCAUUGCCUCCCUCGUGACCCGCAUGCUGGAGGGCGGCGCUGCUGCCCGGCAUGUGCUGGAUGGCGUGGUGGACCGCUGCGCCCAGAUGCUCAACAUCCGUGAAGCCAUCCUCAGCUAUAGGCGUGCCUUCAACAUGCAGGACGCGGAUGCGCGCACGAGGCAGAGCGCGCUGAGCCGCGGGGCGGAGUUCCUGGAGCGCUACUGCUUCCCACUCCCCCUCCUUGGCACAUUGCAUUCUCAGGAGGUGGGAGUGCGGCUGCGAGACAGCGAUGCGAGUGCCAGCGGGGCAACGGCGGCGGUGGAGGAGAGGGAGGCGGAGGAUGCGGUGCUGCGGGCGCGGCGGGGGGCAGUGCUGGGGCGCGGGUCCAUCCUGAAGCUGUCACUGUUCCCCGGGCUGCAGGCGUCCGCCGUCAACUACUCCAUUCAGAUCCCCCACGUCCCCAACUACUUCGAGGCCCCCGGGUACCCGGUGCACAGCAUGGCAACACCCACAGUGCAGGGCGCACAAGCCGUGCUCGCCCACCUGGGCGCCGUGCCAAAGCCCAAGCCACCACCCACAACAGCAACACCCGACGGGGGCACUGCUGGUGAGGGCGACACUGGCAGGCUGGGCGGGGAGCGGGGAGCAAAAAGGGAGGGAGAGGGGGGAAUGGCGGCGGAUGGGAAGGCUGAAGAGAGGAGGGAGGUAGAGGUGGAUGGGAGAGCAGGGGGGGAGGCGGAGGUGGUGAUAGUGGAUCUGAGGGAGGAGGCGGUGGUGUACGUGCAUGGCAAGCCCUUUGUGCUGCGUGAUGGCGACCAGCCCGCGGCCGCUCUCAAGCACGUGGGCAUCGCUGGCAGCGCCGUGGCGGCCAUGGAGGAGCGGCUCAAGGCAGACAUCCUGCAGGAGGCUGCUCGCUGCGGCGGCAUGGUGCUGCUGCACAAGGAGCGGCCAAGGGAGGGGCACGUGCUGCAGGGUGCGGGCGUGGGUGGCAGUGAGAAUGCGGUUGCCCGAGCUGCUUCUGCUUCUGCUUCUGCUGCUGGAAGGAGUGGCGGUGUGGAAAGUGGCUCUGCUGCUGCUGGUGGUGGCGCUGCGUCUGCUGCUGCAGGUGACACCACCGGCGCACAGCACGCAACAGGGAGCACAGCUGCUGACCCGCCUGCAUCAGGAGCCGCUGUAGCGAUGGGCCCCACGGAGAUCAUCGGCGUGUGGCGGGCGGUGGGGCGGGACGAUGUGAAGACGCCAGCACAGGUGUACCGCGAGCUGAGGGAGCAGCAGGGGUACCUGGUGGACUACCGGCGCAUCCCCCUCACACGGGAGAGAGUCCCUGUGGCCUCCGAUGUCGACGCGCUGCAGCUCUACAUUCAAAGCCGAGGCCCCAACGUGAAGUUCCUGUUUGUGUCGCACACGGGCUAUGGUGCCAUCGCAUACGCCAUGGCGCUCACAUGCCUGCACCUACAAGCCACCACUCUCCCCUCGUCUGCUCACCCCUCUGCCUCUCCCUCGUCACCCACCACCCUCGCCAAGGCCGCUGCUGCUUCCUCACUCACUGCUGCUGCUGCUGCUGCUGCCUCCAAUCCGGUUCCCAAGGCUGCUGGCGGUGUGGGGGGAAAGGGGGGAGGGGCGAGGGAGCAGGCAGGGGAGUACCGCAACGUGCUGCAGCUGGAGCGGGUGCUCGCGAAGGGGCCGCACUGCAAGCGACUCGUGGAUGCCGUCGCUCACAGGUGGGCGGCAAUGCACAGGCUGCUGGCAGUGGGGCGGAUAGUGGAGGAUGCGGGGGAGUACAGGCGGGCAGCGGAGGCGGUGCAGGGCGACGACACGGUGGACCGGGACAGGCGGGCGGCACUCACCGACAUGGGGCUCAAGGCGCUCAGGCGCUACUGCUACCUCAUAGCCUACCGCUCCUACCUCUUCUCCAGGGCAUCAGCCAGCGCUGCUGCCAGCAGCAGCAAGGGCAAGGUUGUGGUCGAGGCAGGGGGGGCAAAGGCAGGAGCGGGGGGCAGUGGGGAGUCGUUUGGCGCGUGGGUGGCGCAGCGACCGGAGAUAGAGCACAUGCUGCAGCACCUGGUGCUGGAGUGA